GGAGGAUACAGGGGCCGGUGUGAAGACAUGAACUUCAGCAACUUCUUCACAUCCGUCGGUUGAGUGCUCUGUCAGCCAUGCAUGUAACAUCACAGCUCCUCAGGGGUUUGCCUCGUGCCAAGGUCCUUGCCUCCAGUCUGUCACCAUGCCAACAACACCAGUCCCAGUUAGGGCCCAUCAUUCAUCGACCUGCCUCAAAGCGGCCGUCCCAUUUGUGGCAGAGUCAGCAGCACUCAAGAUGUUACCAGACAGCCUCAGUGCUCCACAGCUACUUCCUCACUCCGCCACAGGUCAACUCCAUUCUGAAAGCCAACGAGUACAGCUUCAAGGUGCCAGAGUUUGAUGGCAAGAAUGUGUCAUCAGUGAUGGGUUUUGAGAGUAAUCAGCUGCCAGCCAACGCUCCUAUAGAAGACCGCCGCAGUGCCGCCACAUGCCUGCAGACACGAGGAAUGCUGCUGGGUGUGUUUGAUGGUCACGCUGGCUGUGCCUGUGCACAGGCACUGAGUGAGAGGCUUUUUUACUACAUAGCAGUGUCAUUGCUGCCCCACGACACCCUGUGUGAGCUGGAGGCUGCAGUGGAAGCUGGCAGGGCCCUCAGUCCCAUCCUGCAGUGGCACAAACACCCCAACGACUACUUCAGCAGGGAGGCUCAGACUCUCUACUUCAACAGCCUUCGAACCUACUGGCAGGAGUUAAUAGAUCUGACCAGCCCAGGUGAAGUUCCAGACACCCGGGAGGCGUUGCUAAAUGCCUUCAAAAGGCUGGACAACGACAUAUCACUGGAGGCUCAGGUUGGAGACCCAAAUGCCUUCCUGCAUUACUGGGUUCUCAGAGUGGCCUUUUCUGGAGCGACAGCAUGUGUGGCUCACAUCGAUGGACAAGACCUGUUUAUAGCCAAUGCAGGUGACGCUCGGGCUGUUUUGGGGGUGCAGGAGGAGGACGGUUCGUUCACAGCUCACACACUCUCUAAUGACCACAGCGCUCAGAACGAGGAUGAGAUGGCUCGGAUACGGGGCGAACACCCUCCAUCAGAGAGGAAGACAGUUAUACGACAGGACCGGUUGCUCGGCCUCCUCAUGCCUUUCCGUGCAUUUGGGGAUGUGAAGUUUAAGUGGAGUAUUGAGCUGCAGAAGGGUGUGCUGGAGUCUGGGCCCGAUCAGCUCCAUGAAAAUGAGCACACAAAGUUUAUUCCUCCAAAUUACCACACUCCCCCCUACCUGACAGCUGAGCCUGAGAUCACACACCACAAACUGCGGCCACAGGAUCGCUUCGUGGUGAUUGGUUCUGAUGGCCUCUGGGAGGUCCUCCACAGACAGGAAGUGGUUCGUGUUGUUGGGGAAUAUUUAACAGGGGUGCACCUGCAUCAGCCGCUCAAAGUUGGAGGCUACAAGGUUACCCUGGGACAGAUGCAGGGGCUGCUGCACGAGAGGAAGGCUCGCGUGUCUUCUGCCUUUGAGGAUCAGAAUUCGGCGACCCACCUGAUGCGCCAUGCAGUGGGUAACAAUGAGUUUGGCACAGUGGACCAUGAGAGGCUUUCUAAAAUGCUGUCUCUGCCUGAGGAGCUUGCCCGCAUGUACCGCGAUGACAUCACCAUCAUCAUUGCUCAGUUCAACCCUCAUGUGAUUGGAGCACAGAGACAGGACCAGCAGUCCUGAGCUGUGUGAAAGCCAUCCACCGUGUCACACUGAGGAGAACACACAUGCACACACACGUCUGUAACUGUGUACUGUAGGUCUACCAACAAGCACACUCUGCGGACAAACAAUCCAUAUUAAGAAAAUCUCAUCUGUCCAGCAGUCAGGAUGAAUUUGUUUUAACACUAUUUAUGUGAAGACUUUGUAUCAUUUGUAUGCAGUGCAAGAGAAGAUCCAAUUUCUUAUGAAGUUAAACAUCUCCGUUAAAGGCUGGAUCAAAGUCUCUUUCAUAACAUAUGAUUUAUGCUGCCAAUAUACCUGUUUCAUACUCACCUCACUAUAUGGCUGACAAGAUGCUGUUACAAAUGGAUUUUUGUGCCAAAACAUUUAACCUCCUCGUCUGCGGGAAGACUCUUUGUGGAAAUGAUAGAAAUUCCAAAGAGGGUGAAUGCCCCCCCCCCCGACCCACAAGGUGCCCCAAGAUAAAUCUGAGGAUACACAAGAUGAUUGUAGGGAUAAAGAAAGAAGACGUAUACACCUGUUACACAAAAUUCUAUUUAUUUUUCUGAUUUUAAUUAAAUACUGGAUACUUUUGUCUCUUUGGGCCUCUAAAAUCUUUUAACUGAGACAGAAGGAAUGUGGUUCAACUGCUUAUAACAUUUUAAAAGGGUCACAGUAAUUGUUUUACACUUCAAAUGCAGUGUGCUACAAGAUGGAGCAAAAAACGAAACUGUCCAAAUAUUUACAGGCGUUACUGUGUUUUUAACAAAUAUUUUACAAUGCACCACUACAGGUGGAAUGACACGUACUUGGCUUCUCUGUUGUGUAAAGUAAUAAAUAUAAAGCGAAUUGUUCCAUUUUCUGUACAAGACUAUUUUGCAAGUGAAUCUCUAAACAAACACACUGAGCUCAUAUCGCCGUCAUGACAUUAGAGUUUGAGAAUUCUUUUCCAGGGCUUGUGGCUUCAAAGGGACGCCUGUUAAAACUUUUCAUCUUCUGUUCUUUGUGGCAGGUCAUUUGCUGUUUGGUUUACAGUUUUUACUUUCUGUGAUGGUGAAAGCAGAAGCAGAUCACUCUCCUGUGACUCUUCCAGUAAAACUCUACUCACAGGGUCGUGGCUGUAACUGUUCUGUAUUUAAACACACAAAUCAACAGAAUGUACAUUUGAAAGAAGCUGUUUGAGUAUUAAGAGUUAUUUAUUCAGCUUGAGCAUUAUGUUACACGUCUUAAUCUACAGUUGUAUGUAUAAAUUGUAACUUAUGUGGGUUAAGUUUUGUAUAUGGAAUGGUUAAAUAAAACUGUGUACAC